AUGUGUCUUCCAAAUCACUUAAAGACCUCCAAUGUGUUCAGCAUGAAGCACUUGACUCCUUGCUUUACCGGUGAUGACAGUGACGAAAUGAACUUGAGGGUGAGUUUUUCUCAACCAGGGAAGACUAAUGCAAGAGUUAUAGCUAAUGCUCAGUUGUGUAGUGUUGAGUUGAUGGUGCUUGCAUACCUUUCAGUCAGCUACCACUCUCUGUCCAUGGAUGAGUUGAUAGUCAAUGUAGACGAAGGUUCACUUGAUGUGAACCUAAGUCUUGAAUCACCUGAUGGAGAUGCUGUCCAGCCUAUCCCCAGUGGGGAAAAUGCUUAUGCGGCUGAGGAGGUUCCGAAGGGUGAUGAUUCUCAAAAGCAUGCUUAUGAAAGGAAGUCGAGGAAGAAGUCCUCUCCAAUUUGGAAGGACUUUAAGGAAGUACUGCAUUCUGGUGUGAAGAAAGCUCAGUGCAUUCAUUGUAAAUCCGCCAUUGGCAUUCCUGCUAUGGGUGCCACAACUCAGUUUCACAGACACUUGAAUAGCUGUAUUCCACACAUAGCUGCUAGCAAAACGCAAAAGGUGAUUACAUUUGACUCUGAUUGUGGCAGUGUGGGCUCUGGAUCAUGUUUUACUUAUGAUCAUGAGAAGGUACGAGAGCUUGCGUCUCAUAUGAUACUUUACCAUGAGUAUCCUUUUAUGGUAGUGGAACAUGUUUUGUUUAACAAGUUUAUGAGGGCUAACACUCUUUAUUGGCAAAAGAUAUCUCGUACAACUGCUAAAAGUGAUUGUAUGUCUACCUAUGAAAUAGAGAAAAAGAAGCUGAAAAUUUUGUUGAAAAAUGUUAACAAAGUAAACAUAACUACUGACAUGUGGACCUCAGGUCAGAGAGUAUCUUAUAUGGUAGUUACAUGUCAUUUUGUUGAUUCUUGGUGGCAUUUACAAAAACGUGUUUUGAACUUUUUUAAUGUCCCAUCCCCUUAUAGUGGUAUUGUAAUUGCUGAUGCGCUUCAAAAGAGUUUCAUUGAGUGGGGAAUUGAGAAUAAGGAUGGUAUAAAGUAUAUAGUUGCAUUGGAGGGUAGGUUGAAGCAAUUUGCUAAAAUUGCAAAGCAGUUAAAAUUGUCCUAUAAGAAACUGAUUUUAGAUGUUCCUACUAGGUGGAAUAGCACUUAUAUGAUGUUGUCUGCUGCAUUAGAGUUUAGGGAGGUGUUCCCAAGGUAUGAAGAUAGGGAUCAAAGUUUUCGUUGGGUGCCAAGUGUUGAUGAUUGGGUUAAAGUUGAAAAUGUUUGUCAUGUUUUAGAGGUUUUUAAUGAGGUGACAAAGAUAGUAUCAAGGAGUAAUUAUCCAACUUCUAAUUUAUUUCUUCCUGAGGUUUGGAGAAUAAGAGAUAGGGGUGUACAAGCGGUGCAGUUAAUAACCGUGAAUAACCGGUAA